UCUGGGGGUGGGGAGGGGCGCUGUGGGGGUCCUUUGGGGGGGUUGGGGAGGAUCGAAUCCAUCGGGAAACUCAAUGGGGCCUUCUGGGAGCAGCUGGGGGUCUCGGGGGGAGGAAUCUGUGGGGCAGAAACCCCCCAGGGAACCAUUUUGGGGCGGGGGGGGCGCUGACACCGCACUGCCCCACAGGAGCAGCCAUGAGCAGAGCCGGGCGGCCCGCGGGGCGCAGAGCUGCCGCCCAGCUUCCCCCGCAGCGGUGGUGCCCAUGGAGGCCAUAGAGAGGAUGGCUGCGCUGUGCAUGCGGGACCCGGGCGAGGAGGAGGAGGAGGAGGGCGAUGAUGAAGACCCGGAGGGCGAGGAGGAGCUGAUGGUGGAGCUGCAGGAGGUGCUCGGGGAUGGAGGUGGGGGCUCAGAGAGCCCGGACCCCCCCACGCAGCAGCGCCUGCAGUGCCGCUGUGGGGCAGCCCCACAUGCGGCGCCUCCCACCCCACAGGGGCACAAAGACCCCCCCCGGGGCCCUCAGCACCCCCCGGCGCCCACUGACCUGCGGGCGCUGCUGGCGGAGCGGGCCCAGAUGUACCGCGUGGCGCUCGGCAACGCCAGGAGGGGGGGGGACGGCCUGCGGGCACGGCGCUACGAGAGGGGCCUCAAGACCCUGGAAUCGAUGCUGAGCUCCGUCCAGAAGGGGAAGGCGAUCCCCGAGGCCGACAUCCCCCCCCCGGUGGCCAUGGGGGUCACCGCCCCCCAACCCCCCCCCUCCACCCCCCCUCCACCUCAACCCCCCCCCUCCACCCCUCCCGCCCCCCAACCCCCCGCCUCCACCCCCCCCGCCCCACAUCCCGCCCCCACGGCGGACGGACCCCAUUCUCCCCACCCCCCAAUGGGGUGGGGGGAGCCCCAUUGUGCCGUGCCCCCCCCGGACCCCCCCGGCGGCACCGCGGCGCUGCUUCGGGACCGGCAACGCGACUACAAGAUGGCGGCGCUGAGCGCCAAACGGCGCGGGGACGUGGAGGCGGCGGCGGAGCUCUACCGGGUGGCAAAGAGCAUCGAUCCCCUCCUGGCUGCAGCAGCGCAGGGACAGUCGGUGCCCCCCAGCAGAGUGCCGCCCCCCCCCGAGCAGCGCCCCGCGGCGCGGCCGCCCCCCCCCGCCCCCCCCGCCCCCCUGCAGCCCCCGGAGGGCGCCGCCUCGGAGCCCCACAGCCGCCCCACGGCUGAGCGCGGGGGGGGCGGCGGCGCGGAGGAGCAGUUGGAGGCGCUGCAGCAGCGCAUGGAGCCGUACUGCAGAGCGGCCGCUCAGGCGCGGAGCAGAGGGGAGGAACGCAAAGCCAGAAUGCACGAACGCAUCGUCAAGCAAUACCAGGACGCCAUCCGAGCGCUGCGGGCGGGGAGAGCCGUGGAUCUGUCGGAGCUGCCCGUCCCGCCGGCGGAGCAGCAGCUGCUGUUCCUGGAGCUGCGCCGUUCGCAGCUGCUGAGGGCGGCGCUGCGCUCCAAGCAGCACAACGACCUGCAGGGCGCGCGGCUGCAGCUGCGGCGGGCGCGGGGGGUGGCGGCCAUGAUGGAGGCGGCGCGGGGGGGGCUCCCCGUCGACAUCGCCAAAGUCCCCCCCCCCCCGGACUGCGAGGAGGAUUUUGUGCUGCAGCGCCGCGGGGCCAAUGGGAGCAGUGCAGAGCUGAUGGAGCGGCUCCGGCAGCAGCACGAGAUGUGCGUGAGGUACUCCCAGCAGUUCGCCCAACUGGGGAACAUCGCAGAGACCAUCAGGUUGGAGCAGUGGGCGGAGCAGUGCCGCCGCAGCUCUCAGGUGCUGCAGUUGAGCCACGCGCCGGGCGGCGCCCCCCCGCACUGCCGCUAUGAGCAGCGCAGCCUCAGCGCCAUCAAGACCUUUCCUGAGCUGAGCAGCAGCGAUUUGCUGCUGUCCAUCCUGAAGGGCAUCAACCUGCCGGCCCCCCCCGGGGUCGCCCCCAACGAUUUGGACGCCUUCGUGCGCUUCGAGUUCCCCCAUCCCAGCGCAGAGGAACCCCAAAAGGACCGCACGGCUGCAGUGAAGAACAGCGACUGCCCCGAAUUCGGGGAGCGCUUCAAACUGCAGCUGAACCGCUCUCAGCGCGGACUGCGGCGCCUCCUGCAGGGCAGAGGCAUCAAAUUCGAGGUGACCCACAAAGGGGGGCUCUUUAAGCCCGACCGCGUGGUGGGCACAGCGCAGCUGAAGUUGGAGGCGUUGGAGACGCACUGUGAGGUGCGGGAGCUGCUGGAGGUGCUGGAUGGGCGCCGACCCACGGGGGGGCGCCUGGAGGUGAUGGUGAGGAUCCGGGAGCCGCUGAGCUGCCCGCAGUUGGAGACGCGCACCGAGCGCUGGCUGGUCGUCCUGCCGGGCACCGACACCCCCGUCACCAAAGCGCCCGCGGCUCCGGUGAAGGAUGGGAACAACAGAGCGGUGCUGCCCUGCCUCAGCCUGCUGAGCUUCGACUGCGAGCGGCUGGAGAGGAAGCUGCAGGCUCUCCGCCAGGCGCAGCGCGCCGCCCCCCCCGCCCUGCAGCAGCAGCACCGGGAGCUGUCGCAGCGAUUGCAGGCGCUGCGCUCACAGCUGCAGCACUGCGGCCCCGCGCUGCGCCAAGACUAUGCAGCCCAAUUGGAGCGCUACCUCCAGCACUACACCGACACCGCGCGGCGUUUGGGCACUGAGGGACACCGGGAAGCGGCCAAGGAAGCGCUGUACAAAAGGAACCUGGUGGAGAGCGAGCUGCAGAAGUUCCGCUGCUGAGGCUGCGCCCCAUUCUGUUGGAGUUGGGGGGGUCCGGGGGGGGGGAUGUGGGGCCACAGAGGGGCUCCCCCCCCCCCCACCCCCCCCCCGGUGCUGCCGUGACAAUCAGAGCCCCCCCCCCCCCCCCCCCAAAGGGAUCAGCGCUGCUACGACCCCCCAUGAUCCCACUGCCCCCUAUGGAUGGGGGGGGGUGGGACCACUGCCCCCCCCACUAUGCACUUUGGACCACCCCCUCAUUUUUCCCAUUUUCCCAUUUUUUCACACCAAAGCAGCUCUCCCCCCCCCUCCCCAUGAAGUGCCUGUCCCUGGGGGGGGUCUCUGGGGGGGGAACACCGGGUUUAUUUUGUGCUGCAACACUAAAGAUAAAAGUUUUUAAGAAGAAA